AUGGGGCCCGCCUUCAAAGCUACGCUCGACCUGCUGCAGUGGCCGGCGUUUUGCGAGCACGUGGCGGACUUCGCGAGCACGUCGGUCGGCAAGCGGCUGUGCAGGCAGCUGGAGGUGCCCCUGGAUCAGGCAGCCAGCGAGAGGUUGCUGGCCGAGACGCGCGCGGUAAUCACCCUGGAGCUCGAUUACUCAUCCACCCUUGAUUUUGGCGGCAUCAACACGGGCGACGCGGAGGGCGCGAUCCGCCGCGCGGACAAGGGCGGCAUGGUGUCUGGGCCGCAGCUGAGGGGCCUCGUCACGCUCAUCAACGGCGCCGACAAGCUUCGGAAGCAGAUCCAGACCGUCGCCCGCCAGAUGGGCGCCGGCGGGCGCGACAGCCCCCUGCGGCCGCUGCUCGCGGCCGUGGCGGGCCUGUCGCCGCCGGCCGCGCUGGUGCGGGACAUCGGCUUUGCUAUUGGCGAGGACGGGGAGGUCCAGGAGGCGGCCAGCGCACAGGUCCGCACGACCCGCGCCCGCGUGCGCGCCCUCACUGCGCGCGCCGCGUCGGUGCUCAAGUCAUUCCCUGGGGAGGUGUCGGAGCGCGGCGGCCGCAUGUGCGUCGCGGUUGCGCCCGGCACCAAGAUCGCGGGCGGUGUCAUGCUGGGGACGACCGUCGGCGGCGGCAUGGCGUUCAUCGAGCCGCCGCAGGUGGGGAAUGGCGCGUGGCUGGGAGGCAGCGGGGCCGCAGCGGUUGGGUUGCGGCUGAUUGCGGGGACGCAUUUAUAUGAGGGGGCAGGCGGCAGGAGCAGGGUCGGGUUCUGA